AUGCUAGAAAAGGGGGAGAAUAGUCAAGGGAGCUAUAAUCAGCAAAGGGAUAAUAGUCAAGGGAGCAAUGAUCAUCAAAUGGUGGAUGCAAUAACUCCAUCUCUGCCAAAAAUGUUUGAAUCAAGUAGGGAUGAUAAUCAAAAGGAAAUUGUUGCAGCUAAACAAGAGAGCCACAUCCCAGAUGCUGAUGCAACAAACGAUGAUCAGCCUAUCCCUAAAACUAGUGAUCAUUCUGAGACUAAUGACUAUGAAGGAUUUCUUGACAUGGGGUUUAUGACACUGGAUACUAUUCCUUUUAGUAUUGUUUAUCCUGAUUCGUAUUUUGAGGGGGAGAUUCCUCAAGGAACGCACAACGACAUAAAAUAUAAGGAAGAACAAGUUAAUCCUAGAAAGAGGAAGGAUUCCUUCUCAAGGGUGAGCCAAGGACGAUGA